UAAAAGCCCCACUUUUACCAUAUUUCUCAUUGCCAUGUCUCCGGAUAUUUCACUGCUAUCUAUCACUGCCUCUUCAUCUCUUCUUUCUCCAUUUUGUUCUUUUGCAGCCAAAAUCUAUCCAACAAAUGAAGACCCUUGCUUUCUAUAUGUAUGGCUAAUAUAAUACCGUCCGUUUCUUUCAUUAGCUGAAUUAAGGAACUGGGCUGAUUGCUGUUUUUAGUGAGAUGGGUCAAGGCACUUCUUCUUGCAGCAAUGAGAUCUGUAAGCACACAGCUGAGGGCCAUUCUAUUGUCAUCAGCAAGAAACAUGAGGAUUUCACAUCGUUUCUGCCCGACGAAUGCCUCGCCAAAGUGUUUGGCAGUCUUGGUUCUCAUGACAGGAAUUCUUGUUCUCUGGUUUGUAAGCGAUGGAGGGCUGUGGACUCCGAGUCCAGGUACCGCCUUGUCUUGCUUGCACCUUGUGAGAUGUCUCAAUCUCUACCUGCCUUGCUUUCUCGCUUUAGUUCUGUCUCUGUUCUCUCCCUCAAAUGUUCUCGCAAGCUUCUCAGUAUUAACGAUUUUGCCUUCUCUCAUAUUCCCGUCUUGCUUGUUUCGCUCAAGAAACUCAAACUCAAGGGAUGUAUUGAUAUUUCUGAUGAUGGGUUGCAAGCAUUUUCCUUGCACCGGCCUCCCUUUCUCUCGAAACUCUCUUUUGCUUCAUGUGGUUUUGGUGUUAGAGGUCUCAACUCUCUUAUCACCAAUUGCCCUUCUCUCCAGCAUCUCACUCUCAAGCGUCUUCGAAAGCUUGAUGCCCAUAGUGAUGCUAUUGUCAUUGGGAACAAAAAUAAUAAGCUUAAACUGGAGCGUCUCUGCCUAAAGGACCUCCACAAUGCUCGCGUUUUCAUCCCUCUUCUUUCUGCUUCAGUUACAACCUUGAAAACACUCAUUGUUUGCAGGAGCUCUGGCAACUGGGACAAGGUCCUCCAGAGUCUCCAGGCUAGCAUCACUUCCGUUUCGGAGAUCCAGAUGGAGAAUGUUCAGAUGGGUGACGCGGGCCUUAUCGCCAUCUCUUCUUCUUGCCCUUAUCUCCAAGUUUUGCAGCUCAGCCGCACCACAGAUUGUACAGAUGAUGGGUUGUCUGCAGUUGCCAAUUCUUGCAAGAAUCUUAGAAAGGUGCAUAUAGAUGCGUGGAGCAGGUUCGGCGGCCGGACUAUCGGGGAUGAAGGGUUAUUAACCAUAGCCAACCAUUGCUCCCGAUUGCAAGAACUAGUCCUCAUGGGUGUUCAUCUAAGUGUUUCCUCUCUCACUGUCCUGGCUUCCAAUUGUCGGGAGCUGGAAAGGCUCGCGAUUUGUAACGCUGAUUCAGUUGGGGAUCCUGAAAUGGCAUUGAUUGCAGAAAAAUUCUCUGCGCUGAAGAAGCUCUGUAUCAAGAACUGCCCCAUCUCGGAACCUGGGAUUGAAGCCAUUGGGAGUGGUUGCCCCAACCUGGUGAAGUUGAAGGUAAAAAGAUGCAGAGGGAUAAGCCAGGAAAGCAUAAAAAAACUGAAGAUGCAGAGAAGUUGGCUGGUGGUCUCAAUCGAUGCAGGUCCAAUAAUGUUCCCUGGACAUGCAGAGGAAGAAGAACAGGGAAACAACGGAAGCAAUAUAGCCUCAUCAACAAGGACAACGCAUGUCUUCUGCAGCAGUAAGGGUGCUCUCUUCCUCAGGUCUAGAUUUGAAAAUGCUUUUCAACUUGGCAAGGGAUACUUGAGGAGGACAAGCAAUUAAUAAUGGCUUGAUUAUUGUUUCUGUUCAACUACUUUUUUGCAAUUCUUUGAUUCCACAAGCGUGGUAAUUUGUUUGCGAUAUCUGCAAAUAAAUCUGGAAGAGAAUUUCUUUUAUUUUGAUUAA